UUUCCUUACCUCCUCUAGUCUGAAAUGGAGGGACAAACAAUGGUACAAAUUGCUAUUGCAGAAAGAAAUGAUAACAUUUUUAAUUUAAUAUGCAAAAAGAGUGAGGAAGACAUGGAUGAAUUGAAUUCCAGAACUGAUGAUAAAGGUAACACUAUCUUGCAUUAUGCUGCUGAUAUCGCACCUUCUCACCAACUAAAUUCAGUCUCUGGUGCAGCUCUUCAGAUGCAACGAGAAGCACAGUGGUUUAAGGCGGUGAAAUCUAUUUUACUGGAGAGACACAGGCUAGUGAGAAACAAAGCUGGGAUCACUGCUCAAGGUAUAUUUACAGAGAAACACAAGGAUUUAGUGAUGAAGGGAGAAAAAUGGAUGAGAGGUACCUCACAUUCAUGUAUGUUGGUAGCAACCCUUAUCUCUAUAGUAGCAUUUGCUGCAGCUUUUACUGUACCCGGUGGCAACUACAAUGAUGCUAAGAGAGACACCGUCAAUGGCCUUCCCAUUCUUUUGAACAACAAUUCAUUCAUUGUCUUUGCAGUAGCAGAUGCCUUAGCUCUCUUCCCUUCCGGCACAUCAGUUCUUAUGUUCUUGGCUAUCCUAACAUCACGUUAUUCAGAAGAACAUUUUGUUAAAGCAUUACCACAAAAGUUUAUACUAGGUCUUGCAACACUCUUCAUUUCCAUGGCCACCAUGAUGAUAGCGUUUAGUUCAGCAAUACAUAUCAUGCUUUGCCCGAGAUGGACAUGGAUUAUUAUCCCUAUAACAUUGCUUGGCUGUGUGCAAGUGGCAUCGUUCGUGUGGUUGUUGUUUCCUGUGUUUGUCGAAAUGGUCCAUUCUACAUACUGGCCUACAAUAUUUAAUAAGAGGACUCUCCAACAUAAAUUUAAAAGGAAAAGGUCCCUGUAGAAACUAAACUUCAUAUGUAAGCACUUGUUUAGCUUUCUUUUCUCUUCUUAUCAUAACUGUAUCAUAACUGAUGUGUGAUAUGUAACUGCCAGUAGUUUAUAAACGAAAUGAAAUUGAACUGGUGGAACAUAUCAGGUUUAAAAUCUUGAAGGUUUCAUGACGAUCAUCUUCUUCUAAGCCUUUAGUCCCAAACAAGUUUGGGUGAGCUAGAAAGGAAACACGAGGACUUCCCAAGCAGUCACCUAU